AUGCAGAAGGUCUUGCGCAUCAACCUCCUUGCGCGUAACCAGGCUCUUAAAGGUGCCCGGAGAAAAAAUCUCAAGAAACUGAAGGAAGAAUGGGCAGACCAUGACCAACGUCGGAUAGCCAUGGAUAAGGCACAACGUGGAAUUAUUAAAGACGAGCGAAGACAUCGGAGAGAGGACUGGAUAGCCGGGCCAUUGGCGCCUAAACGAGAUGUUGGCAAGCGGCAAGAGCUUUACGCCACGGUACCCGGCUUGCUUGCCCAAGGUGCCCCGUUUCCAGAACGCAACAUUGUUGAAGGGGACCGUGUCUGCGUGAUCCAUGGCAAAGAGGAGCUGAUAGGGAAAAUUGGCCGAGUCAAGACUGUCCAUGCGGAGCAAAAGCUCUUAUCAAUCGAAGGGCUUAAUAUGGCCGACAUUGAAAUCCCCGAAGGAACUCCCACCCGAGAGCGCGUCGCCUUCCAGAGUAUGGAGCUGCCUUUACCCAUCGACUCUGUUCGGUUAGUUCACCGAUUGAAAGACGACGAGACCGGCCGCGACCGGGACGUGAUCGUCAAACUCAUCCGUGGAGGAGCGCCGUACCUGCAGCGGGAACCUUACUCGCCCUUACCCCGACACACACGAUAUAUUGCAGGGGAGGAUGUCGAGAUUCCAUGGCCGGAGGUUGAUACGCCCACUUACCAGACCUUUGAUUGUGACACGAACCGCUUCGACGUCGAGUCCCAGUCAUACAUACCUUCAAUUUACCAACCGCCCCUUCCGCGUUCAGAAAUCCUCGAUGAGCUCCGAGCCGACAAAUAUGCGCGUGACCGCGAAUGGCACGACGACGAGUACGUGCGUAUGAAGGUCCUAGAGGAUGCCCGCGCCGCCUGGUAUGCGCAGCGCAAGCUACAGUCGCCCCUUGAGCGGCUAGCGGAACAUAAACGGAAGUUGGCAGAGAAGAGGAUCGAGGAGAUCAAAAGGCAAGGGUUGUCGGAUGAGACUAUGAGGAUAAUAUCGGAGGCUCAAAGAACGAAGAGGCCGCGGAAGCAGACGGCGUUGGCAGAUUAG